AUGGAAUUGAGGAGGAGGGUGUCAGACACAGACACGAAAACGAGACAACGCAAACCACGCAAGCGAAUAAAUAUUUCCUCCACACAAUAUCAGAUGGGAUUAAUUGUCAUAAUAGACUUCAGUAUUUAUCAAACUUGGUAUAGGCGUAGUGAUGAGGCAACAGCUGUCGAGAGAGAUAUCGACGCUAAAUCUAAGAUUCGGCAGUAUAUGGCCCACGUUAUUAAUGGGACUCCAGGAGCUUCGCCUUGGACAUCAAGGAGGUUUAUAGCUCAACCUCGGGAUCUGGUAUAUGCAGAUGACGCGUUGAAUGAGCUCAUCAAAUGGCGUUAUAGGAUGGGGCAUGAGUUACCCAUACACGACCACACCAUUCUGUUUACUGGAUACGAUCUGUAUCGACCUACACUCGCCAAUAAAGGAGUUGCAGGUUUUGCACGUGUACGUUCUAUGUGCAGUCACUCAAGUGUCUCAGUGGUCGAGGAACAUGGAGGUUUUGGUAGUAUUCUAACUGCAACUCACGAGAUAGGACACAGUCUUGGCGCUUACCACGACGGCCACAAUAACAGCUGUGCCGGAGAAGACAACUUCAUAAUGACUCCAAUAGGAGGCUCUGCCACACCUUCUAAUGCACUCAAUCCGUUCCACUUCUCAGAAUGUUCUGAGGAUGCCUUCGACAACCUCAUUGAUGCGUUACCUCGAAGUCAUUGUCUGACGGAUGAGACGGACACUUACGACCAAGAGGAGUUUGAAUCGUACCUCACACAGAAGGCUGGUCAGCUCUACGGACCGAACCAACAGUGUCGACAACAUUUAGGGUCAGAAUCUUACUACGCAUGGGGCGGAAUUCUCGGAGAGGCAACAGAAGUUUGUACUCAUAUGGCAUGUAAAAAUGCAAUGUCAAAUACAAGUUUCAAUAUAUACUAUGCUGCCCAGGGGACAUCAUGUGGUAAUAAAAAGUGGUGUGUCGAUGGUGAAUGUCUUUAUGAAGAGAAAGCUCCCAAAAGAGAAGAAACCUGUGUACACGGAGAUGCGUGGAGGAGGUUUGGAGGUUUGACAUGUGCUCAAUACGUCAAUGCUGAUCCCAGUAGGUGUUACUAUUCCUAUUACAGUCGAUUCUGCUGUGUAUCGUGUGCCAGUCUACGCAAAGGGGAACCAGGAUGCGAAUAUGGCAACAGGAAAAAGAAAGUGUGCAAUAUGGUGGACAGAGAUCCAAGAUUUUGUUACCAUGACAACAACGAGAAUUUGUGUUGUGGCAGUUGUAAAAAGCAUAACACAGGGAUUACAGACUACCUGAAUGUAAUACAACAAAGUGUGAUGACAACACUUACGCCAAACAAUGCUGCAAGACGUGCAGCGAGCAUAAACGUAAACCAAAGCCUCUAG